AUGACUGUUCCUCCAGUAUACAUUGUCUCCACUGCUCGUACCCCAAUCGGUUCAUUCCAAGGUGGUUUGUCAUCAUUAAGUUACACUGAUUUGGGUGCUCACGCCGUCAAAGCUGCUUUGGACAAGGUCCCACAAAUCAAACCGGAGACUGUUGAUGAAAUUGUAUUUGGUGGAGUUUUGCAAGCCAAUAUCGGUCAAGCACCAGCUAGGCAAGUUGCUUUGAAAGCUGGUUUACCAGAGAGCAUUGUUGCUUCCACUAUUAACAAAGUUUGUGCUUCAGGGAUGAAGGCCGUUAUUAUUGGAGCUCAAAACAUCAUCACCGGUAGCAGCGAUAUCGUUGUUGUUGGAGGUGCAGAAUCUAUGAGCAAUACGCCAUACUACUUGCCAAGUGCCAGGAGCGGUGCCAGAUAUGGAGAUGCCUCUAUCGUUGAUGGUAUUCAAAAGGAUGGUUUGUUGGAUGUCUAUAGCUCUAAAUUGAUGGGUGUUGCCGCCGAAAAAUGUGCCAAGGACCAUUCAAUCACAAGAGAGCAACAAGACGCAUUUGCUAUCAAUUCUUACAAGAAGGCCGCUGAUGCUGCCACCAAGGGUAAAUUCAGCAAUGAAAUCAGUCCAAUCACCGUCAAGGGAGUCAGAGGUAAGCCCGAUGUUACCAUCAGUGAAGAUGAAGAAAUCAAAAACUUUAAUGAAGCAAAAGUCAAGGCAGCUAGAACUGUAUUCCAAAAGGAGAAUGGUACUGUUACUGCUCCAAAUGCAUCUAAAUUGAACGAUGGUGGUGCUGCAUUGAUCUUGGUUUCUGAGGCCAAGUUGAAGGAAUUGGGAUUGAAACCAUUGGCAAAGAUUGUCGGUUGGGGUGAAGCUGCAAGAGCACCAAUUGACUUCACUAUUGCUCCGUCAUUGGCCAUUCCAAAGGCUUUGAAGCAUGCCAGCGUCUCACAAGAUAAGGUUGACUUUUAUGAAUUGAAUGAAGCCUUUUCAGUUGUCGGUUUGGCCAAUUGUCAACUUUGCAACAUCCCACAAGAUAGAGUCAACAAAUAUGGUGGUGCUGUUGCUAUGGGUCAUCCAUUGGGCUGUUCAGGUGCUAGGAUUAUUGUCACUUUGAUCUCUGUCUUGUCACAAGAAGGUGGUAAGAUUGGAUGUGCUGGUGUAUGUAAUGGUGGAGGUGGUGCUUCAGCUAUUGUUAUUGAAAAAGUUGAACACGACACCAAAUUAUAG